AUGUUAACGCUUCCGCUCAUCGUCCCCCGCGACUCCCACGAGCUCUGGUUCGGCUCCUCUCGCUCUCACAGCACCACCCACCAAACACAAUCCCAAAACGCCCGCCGCAGCACCAAUGGCCAUACCCUCAACCGCCCCCAAUACCCUCCCACCUCCACCGGCGAAAGCCUCUCCGCGCUACACCUCGAAGAACGCGCCCUCCGCGCGCGCAAGAAUAACAUCGCAUACUUCGGAUACUCAUGGAUCAAGCCCGCGGGAUGUUCGAAGACAAUGCUGGGGAUGAAGGAGGAGGAGGCGGAGAGGGAAGAGGCGUUUGCGGCCGCGCAGCAGGAGAUAGCCGCUGCCGCUGCCGCUGCCGCGGCGGCGGAGGCGACUGGGCCCGAGGAGCAGGGUGAGGAUGGGGAGGAACGGUUUUCUGGGAUCGAGAGGGAUUUGGAUGAUGAUAUUCCUGAUGGGGAUGCGGAGGGGCUUGUGGAGGAAGGGGAAGAGGGGUUGGAAGAGGAGGAUUUUGGUGAUGAGGAGGGGUAUAUGGAGCGAGAUUUGGAUGGUGACGUCCCUGAGAUGUAUCCUGAUGAGGAAUAUGAUCUGGAGAAUGGGGAGCAUUUCGAAGAUGACGAAGACUUUGAUAACCAAGCCGAUCUCGAUGACGAGAUUCCAUCCGCCGACGGAGCAGGAGAGGACGAUGAAGAACUCAACGACGAUGAAAACGAAUACAACUCUGACCAAGGCGAAGAACAAAUUAUGAGCGACCAAGGCAUGGCGCACGACCUCGAUGAUCAAAUCCCCUCGGCCGCUGAAGACGCCUCAAUCCAAGGAGAAGAAUGGCAACACACCGACACGGAAGCGGAAUUCGACGACGAUGAAGAGAGUUUCUUCAACCCCAGAAAUAGCCUCCGCAAUAGUCUCCGCAAUAGUCUCCGCAGUAGCUUUCGCAACAGCACCUCCAGCGCCCAUGGACACGGACUCCCUCAGCCGCCAUCCGUCCAGCGCCUACAUGGUCGCGAGACUGAGGCACAACGGCGGUUCUUGCAACGUUGGAGCGGCGGUGGUGAUUCGUUUGCAGAUUCGAGUAGCAUGGUGGUUGACGAGGAUGAUCUGCGUGCUUCGGCAACGAGUCGGGCAAGUCGGAGUGUGUUUGGAAGGUUCUCGAGGAGAACCGGUGGGCCUAGGGAUAGCCUUGAUGGUUAA